AUGAUCGGGCGACUGGUUCCGACGGGGAGUUCUCACGGCACGGGAUCUUGCACGCUGGGAUUGCACUCCGCCUCUCUCUCCGCGUCACGCGCGCACACAGCAGAUCCCGCCAUGCUCGCGUGUAUCUUCCCGCCUCUCCCUGCUGCUUCCCCCCUUGCCACGCCCACUGCCUCCUCCUCCUCUCCCGCCGUCGCAUGCGCUUCGGCUCGAACUCCCUGCUUCAUCUCCUCUCCCUCCUCGUCUCUCCCACUCUACUCGCCUUACUCACCCUACCCAACCUACUCAUCUUACUCAUCUUCCUCGUCCUCCUCAUCCUCCUUUCCACCCACCUGCGCGUCCUUCACUUCCCCGCUUCUGCACCCGCGCCCCGCACCCUCCGGUCGCGCCUCCGCCGCUAGCAUCUCAACCCCACGCAGCGCCAGCGGAGCCGUCAGUCUAAGCGGUCAAUUGAGUGCCAGCUCAAACAGCAGCUCAACCGGCAGUUUAAACGGCAGUAGCUUAAGCGGCAGUCUAAGCAGCAGCCUGCAUGGCAGUGUAAGCGGCAGCGGAAGCUGGUCCCGUCACAGUAGAGAAGCAGCGCGUGGGGCAAGAAGGGGAAGCGGGGACGUGGGGGAUCGGCGGAGAGGAUUACCUGCUACCGCCGCGUCAGCUACAGCCUUAAUCUCCGCGGACGGGGGAGGCGGGGGCGGAGGCGGGGGAGGGGAAGGGGCAGGCGGGCGCUUGAAAGGCGGAGCAGCAGCAGCAGCUGUGGGGGGGAAUGGGAUAGGCGUGUCGUGGGCGUGGAGAGGAGGCGGGGGAGAGAUGAGCGGGGAGGGCGCGGAGGCGAGAGGCGGAGCGGCGGAUGGGGGAGUGGUGGGGCUGCUGCAGCAGCUGCCGCUGCGGAGGUUCCUCGUGUGGGCUUUAGUGGCCGGGCUUGUCAUCCAGUUACGAGAUUUCGGGUUGCAUGUGAAGGAACGUGCGGGUGGGGCGGGAUUGUUGGCGGGCAUGAGGAGGGUAUGGGCUGGGCUGAUAAUGAUGGGCACAUACGUGCUCAGCGUGGUGGCGAAUGCAGCAGUGGAGGGAGCGCAGAGGGUGCUGCCAGCCAAGCGGCGCCUGCUAGUGGCGCUGCUCUAUGCCUUUGCCCUCGCUGCCCUCCUCGCCCUCGGCUUUGCCUACCUGCCCCCGCUAUACAACACCGCCACACAGCUAAUUCUGAACAUCCAGGGCGAGGAUGCAUACUCAUGGAUAGCCACGCGCAUGCGAGCAGAGUUCGGAGACACAUUCACGGAGCAGUUGGAGCGCUACAUGCUGCUCAUGAUGUCCCCGCCAACCACCCAAGGCAUCAUGGGUGCGGGGGGCGUGGCGAUGGCAGCGCACCCGUCAGCGGCGCUGAGGCAGGUGUUCAAGAAGUAUGCUGGCAGCAUGCUCUCUCUGCUCGCCACCGCCUUUGCUGCCACUGGCCGCUUCCUGCUCAAGUCGCUCGUGAGCCUUAUCCUGUCGGCCAUGAUCGUGUGGGACCUGCCCUCCCUCGCCCGCGGCAUGCAGUCGCUGCAGACGUCCCGCUUCGCCCCCAUCUAUGACGAGCUCGCUCCCGUGGUGCUAACCUUUGGGCGCAUCUUCUGCCGGGCUCUCGAGGCGCAGAGUCUGAUAGCGGUGGUGAACACGGCGCUCACCUUCCUGGGCAUGAUGCUGCUCAACAUCCACGGCAUCCUCGUGCUCUCUGCGGUCGUCUUUGUCUUCUCCUUUGUUCCCGUCGCCGGGGUCGUCAUCUCCACCGUCCCCAUGGGCCUCGUCGCUCUCUCCGAUCCCACUGCUCCUGAUGUUGCCUUUCAUUUACCGCACUGUCUCAAGUUUUGUCAACAACUGUUUUUGCUCAUCCAUGCUUGUCUGUAUGUCUCCCUGCAUGUCUCUCUCCUCUCCUCCACCCCUCGUCACCCCAUAGCACAAUCGUUCACUGCCCACCCUGCUUCUCUCCUCUCCUCCCUCCGCUUCUCCAUGUUCCCCUCCUCCCUCUGCCUCCCCCUGUCCCUCCUCAUUUCUCUCCCCCCCUCCGUCCCAUCAGCCCAUCUGAAGCUCCACCCCAUCCUCACACUUGCAGUGCUGCUGGUAGCAGAGCACGCCAUGGGCGUGUGGGGCCUACUGGUCGCCGUACCCCUUACAGUCUUCAUCGUUAAGCACAUCAUCCACACUAAUCCCCUCGCAUCGUUGGACGGUCCAUCCGAACCAACAUCCUUAUCCUCAUCGUCACCAUCGUUACCACCUGCAUCUGCUGCUGCCAAGUCACUACCACAGCUGGAAGGCACGGCAGAGGCAGACGAUACAGAUUCGCCACACCAUCACCCAGAAACCUGA